UCGCAUUCCGAUGUGAGCGAGAUGAAACCGCUGCGUGGACUCUAUGUUUCCAAACCGUCUUCAGCCGCAAUUUGAAGGGAUAAAAUGUCCAACUUGAAGGAGUCCAACACUUGUCCCGACGGCUACAGGGCUUUAAGCACAAGUGAGCUGAGGGAGCUUUUACAAAACGACGACAAAAUGGACCAAAUCAUUCGGCUCAAUGAGAAGUUUCAGGAGCUUCAAGUGGACCGGGAGACGCUGCUGACCUCCAACCGGAGUUUGGCCGAGGAGAGCCUCGCUCGACGACCCCGCCUUUGUAACGGCAAACUCCAACUGGCGGAGAAAUACCGGGAACUGUCCAACCUGGCAACCACAUGCUGGGAAAAACAGAGUCAGCUUGAGGCUCGUGUCCAGAAGCACAGCCUGCAGACGGCGCAGAACCUCCUGCAGGAAGAGGUGGCACAUGCUGAGGAGCAUUCAGAGGAGCUGCUGGAGAAGUUCAUGGAGGGAAACCUAAGCCUGGAUGAGUUCUUGGACUCCUUCCAAAGCUCCAGGAAGACGUAUCACAUCCGCCGGGCUCAAGCGGAGAAGAUGCAGGAGGCGGCCCAGGCCAAGCAGCAGCCGGGCAAAACCAAGAAGGCGGAGGAGAACAAAGUCCCGGAGGUGAAGAAGGACUCGGAGCAGCCGCAGGAGCCUCAGCGGCCCAACGGCUUCGUAGCGCAGGGACCUCUUAGAGUGUUCCAGGUACGCUACGGCCUCACGCCAGCCAUCCUCCUCCCGCACUACCCCGUUUCUCCCCCUGCCUCGGCUCCAAGCUAUCAAGGUAAUACCCCCCCGCCAGAACCCCAACCGGGACAGACCCACAUCCUCAGCCCCAGCACCCCACUCGCAGGACACGGCCAGCCGGUCGGCCUCAGGGUCAUCGGACAGUUACCGGGCGGCUGGCCGGCCAACGGGCGGCCGGUGAGGGUGCAGCAGCUUUACAGGCCGAACCCUCAACAGCCUGAACCGCCGUACCGAUAAGCUGGGGGAGGAGGGGCAGGAGGAGGAGGAGGAGGAGGAGGGUGAAAAGCUGGUUUGAGAGGUCUUCCAAGACGUGGAACCAAACAGUGGCUGUCACAAUCAUGUUAGCAAAGACUGAUCCAGAGACAGGCAGCACUGCAGACGUCCGUUUCUGUCCUCCAUCCACGACACACAAAUGUAACCAGAGCAGAGACAGCGAGGGGCAGACGACAGGGACCGGGGGUGGGCUCCGAUAGCCGACCAAUCCCUUAUCCCACCUUUUAUCUCUCCUCAUUUUCUCUAAACAUAUUAGACCAAUCCGGCCGCUGAUUCAUCUGCUGCCACCGCUGCGGCGGCAGAGCCAAACCGAACACAUUUACACCGACAGUGGAAGCAGCGACGCUCAGGUUGAUCACGAUCAGCAGCUCUGACGGCGUGAAUGUGGAGGUCAGUCAGUCUGACGUUGGUUUGGACAGAUUUGGGGGGAAAAUAACAUUAACACAUCGCUUUUUGCUAACUGAACCCAUCAUGAAUAGAUUGCUAGCUUAUUUAAAUCACCAAACUCCGUGAAUUCUUUAUUGGAAAAGCUUCGAAUAUUAAUUCGACAGCAGUUCAGAUCAGCUGUAACUAAUAAAUGUUCAGUCUAAAAUUAGAAUUAUACAUUUCAUGUACCGUGCUGCUCAUCUGAUUUAUAGGUGCGGAUUAAACAUCUUCUUUCUAAAUUCCACUGGGCGAUUUCUGUCCACAACACGUCCGUCAGAGUUCAUCGCUGCCAUUCUAUUUGAUGUGUUUAAUUCCACCGGGCGCGUUUCAGAGGCGUCUCUACGCUCCGAUCCGGAGAAUACGCACCGAGUGUGUCUUCAGACGAAGCGUCAGUCUGCACAGAGCGGAUGAGGCAGGCAGGAAGUCAGACACAGAAAGAGGGCAGUGACUCUGGUAUCUUUUCAAAAUAAAACACCCUGUGCAGACUCCCGAUCGUACAGCAAAAGAAACCAUUUAACUAUGAAGCAUAUUUAAUCAUGGUGGAGGCACAAAUAUCAAGAAAAAAUGAUCAAAUCAGCAAAAUCUGAGUAAGGUAACAAAAUCAGGGAGACAAAAUGUUCCGCUUCUGAAACGCGCCCGGUGGAAGACGGAACAAAAACACACCGCUAACGCUUCGUCACGGAGAAUCUCGGGGUUACUCAUUUUACUCAUUACUUGCAGGUGUUUAAAGGUAACCCUCCAUGCUAUCGAACCCCAUCCCAAAGUUAUUAUUGUUAUUUUUUAAUUUUAUUUUUUCUUUAUAAUUGGGAGGAAGCGAAGCACCGGGUUGUGAAGCACAAAGGAUGUCAUCGUUCAUUCCUACAGCUUAGCACAGAGAGACGCUGUGAGAUGCCCGGAGUCACUGACAUGAAUGUGGCAUCAAUAAAAUGAUGUUUGAUAUGAACUCUCAUUGUUUUUCAUCUUGUCGUCAAUAAGACAAAGACAUUCAUGCUUGGAAACAUUCCCGAGAUCAUGAAUGCUGAUAUUCGAUCACUGAAACAGGAACAAACAGCAGCUGGUGUUUAUUAAUGAUACCCAGACGUUCGCCCGUCAGUGUCACGUGUGUCAGCAUCACCCGAAGCCGUCUGCCUUCUUGUGCGAUUUCAUGAACAGUGUUGCAGCUCACAAGAUUUAUUUAUUCAUGUAAAUCCUAUUUUAAAUGGCUGACUUCAAAGCUUCUUGUUUACCGUGCUAAAUGAAGAGCUGCAUCUCCUUUCAAGGCAGCCACUGUUUUUCUUUCUCCCCCCGAACUGAUGCAGAGUGAAGGGAAUUUAAUCUCUAUGAGAAUGCCAGCGCUCUGCCAGCCCACAGUCGAGUAUGAGGAGGUUUAGGAGGCUUCCCUCUCAUUUCACUCUCCUGUUUUUUUAUUAUCCAUCCUUCAGAAUUUAAAAGGGAAAAGCUCUGGGAUGCAGUUUUUGAUGGUUCUGCUCUUGAACAUACAUUUUGCUCAUUAAUAACUCAUAAGUGCAUGCUUACUACAGCUUGACAAAGUACAUGAAAAUGCCUUUUGCAGGCCGGUGCCCAGUUGCAUAAAGCAUCUUAAGAAAAGACCUUUUAAGAUUUGCAUUGAGUAGGUCUAAUUUCACGUCAUUGCCUGGAAAUUUUCUGAAAUGAGUCAGAUUCGUGAAAGCAUUUCAAGGCUCUGAUGGUUUCGGUUUCUGUCUAAUAACAAACUGCUGAGAUCUGUGAGUGCAGCUGCAUCGCUAACUGGAGGUGGAAGAGAUGCCACAUCUCUGAGUGAAAGCACUGUGAUGUGAUAUUGUGUCUUUAGCUCUACCUCUCUGCCCACAGCUUUGGAUCUUGGGUUCCUUUUCAACAUCACCUACAGAUGUUAAAAAAAAAACAUGAGGCCGUUUCACACCGUACCUGGAAACUACAUCACCCAACACUUUGACACAGAAAUGCAGCUUUUGUGGCAGCGACAUGAGUUAAUGAGCGAUACAAACACUUUAGUUUAUUUGUUCAUUCUUAGUGUUUUUCUGGCUUGUUUGGGAGGUUUUUGUAUCUGUGCAUCUGCUUUGUUUUGCUCUUUGUGUUUCUAUUUAUUGUGUGGAAAAAUUCAAAAGAAUAAAAAUACGAUGAAAAGAAAGAAGCAGUCGGACCAUCAGACAGGCUGCGAACAAACCUCCAGAUCAGUCAAAGUGAGAGGAAAUGAAGGUGAAUGGUAGAACUAUGAGCUCUAAUUAUUGGCUGGUUUCUGCUCAUGUGACUGCUUUUGUUUCUUGACCUUCUUUUUAGCGACGCCGCCACAUUCACAGAUCUUACUUUGAUUAACACGAUGUUAUUGUGAUUGUUAAAUGAAUUAUGGUUCACAGACCCAGUAGAGACAGAAGAGAAGUCUGUUUUCUGGUACACAAGAAUUGUUAAAUCCUUGUUUUUAUUGGUGAAUGAAAGGACUUUUUUAUUUUGCAAUAUUUUUUCCUUUUUCUCUUUAGUCCAGUUUAGCCUUUUUUUUCUCUACCUGACAUUUAAUUCUAUAUUUGUUUGUUUGUUUGUCAUUAUUUUUAUUUAAUUGAAUGUCUUUGCCUGCAGGGUUUUGAUCAUGAGCUCAUGCUAAAUAAAGGAAGGACAUCUCGCCCUUUUAAUAUACAAACUGUUAACACAACAGAAAGAAGUUUGAUUUGUAACGAAGAUUUGAGAAAUCACUCGUUAUUUUACUGCACGCAAAUAUCAAGCUAGAACCAAGAGCUGGUUAGUUUAGCUUAGCAUAAAGACUGUAAACAGGGAUACAGCUAGCCUUGCUCUGUUCAAAGGUAAUAAAAUUCUCCCACCAGUUUUUUAAAGGUCAGUAAUAAACUCGUUAUAUUUUGUUUCAUUCUCACAACAACACAUACAGGAAUCAUCCAUUUGCCGUGUCAGGAUUCGUAAGUGUGUGCGCUAAAUUAUUUGUUAGCUGCAAGCAGCAACUUCCUGAAGUUUCCGUUGGUUGCCUGGCAACCUCUCAGUGAUGACAAGACCCCAGGAAGUUUCCGCAACUUGUGGUUUCUGCUUGUGGUUUUUGUGCAGAUUAAACAAACGUGAUAGAACAAGUAAAUUAAUGAGUUUUAGCGGUGCUGGUGCAGGAAGUUUGACCUCUUUGGACGGUUUCCCCCCUGUUUCCAGUCUUUAUGCUAGGCUAAGCUAACUGGCUGCCGGAUCCAGCUUCUUAUUCAUAGUGCACAAGUGUGUGGUGCACUAUGAAGUGGUAUCAAUCUUGUCAUCUCGCGACAAGAAAGCAAAUAAGUGUCAAAUUAUUUCUUUAACCACAAAUCUGUAAACGAUCAUUUCCAGAAACAUCGUAAGGACGUAAACUUGUGAUGUAACUGGGCGCUGGCUCCAAACAAACUCAGUGCUGCUUCUUAUCUUGUAGCACAGAUGAG